GUAGUAGAGGUCGCUCCCAGUGUUGCACCCAUACAUUACACACAUGAGGACUUAAGCUCAACCGUGAAACGAAUGGUGUUCUCUGGGAACGAUAGCCUCAAGACAGCGAUUUGAGAUGGAGACAAACACGGCAAGUCAAGCUAAUUAUUUAGCAUAACUGGAUGUAUCAGCAUUAAGAAACUAGCACCAGCUGUUAUUAGUUUUCAGGCAACAGACAGCAGGUCUUCAGCUCCUGACAGAUGUCAUACUACACCACAAUCAGGACUGUCACACAGAUCAGAUGAGUUUGCACUUUGUCUUUAGGUCUGUGCUCCUUCAAAGUGUUAUAACUCCUCUAUAGUGUGAUUCAGCUGGCUGUGUGCAGAUAUCAGCAACAUGCCCCUGUCUGACUUCCUGGAUGGCCUGAAGGACAACCCCUACUUUGGGGCAGGGUUUGGACUGGUUGGGGUUGGGACGGCGUUGGCAGUGGCCAGGAAAGGUGCCCAGGUGGGAAUGAUCUUCUUCCGCAGGCACUACAUGAUCACUCUGGAGGUCCCCAGCAGGGACAAGAGCUACCACUGGCUGCUGAGCUGGAUCACCAAACACGCCAGGCACACUCAGCACCUGAGCGUGGAGACCUCGUACCUGGCACACGAGAGCGGACGCGUGCACACGCAGUUUGACUUCCACCCAAGCCCCGGGAACCACAUCAUCUGGUACGGCAGGAAGUGGAUCAGGGUGGAGAGGACCAGAGAGAAGCAGAUGGUGGAUCUGCACACUGGAACACCUUGGGAGUCUGUCACCUUCACUGCUUUAGGGAGAGACAGACAGAUUUUCUUUAACAUAUUACAAGAAGCAAGAGAACUGGCCCUGAAACAGGAAGAGGGACGCACAGUGAUGUACACAGCCAUGGGUGGGGAAUGGAGACCCUUUGGGUUUCCACGGCGACGCAGACCCCUCAGCUCUGUGGUCCUGGAUGAGGGCGUGGCUGAAAGGAUCGUUGAUGAUGUGAAGGACUUUAUCGGAAAUCCCAAGUGGUACACAGACAGAGGUAGAACACUCUUGUGUAUUUAG